AUGUACAAGGAGAUGUCAGUUCUGGGUUCCGAGGUGGAGGUCGAGGAGUCGCUGCAGGCGAGGGCCGUGCUCUGGCAGGGCUUGGUCGAGGUCCAUACUCACGAGUCUCUCAUGACGGAGGUGUUUGCCGCGUCCAAGAGGCACAAGAAGGCUGACCAGGACGUGGAGGAGCCGCCGGAGUCCCAAGCUGAAGCUCGAGAUCGACGACGGAAGCUGGAGACGGCGGUUCGCAAAAUCCAUGUCAAUCUUGGCCAUCCUGCGGUUGAGGGCCUGAUCCGCAUCCUGAAGCAUGGCAACGCGACCGAGGAGGCCAUCGCCACCGCACGGGAUUUCAAGCGUGAUGUCUGCGAACAGAACCGAGCUCCCAAGUUAACACGGCCAGCGACAGUUCCCAGAGACAUUCAGGUGUUGUCUGAGGUGGGUUUCGACGUCAAGGAGCUGCUGUACUACAUAUGUGGGAAGACCUGGGCCGCUCUGAACGUCGUGGACGGCGCCAGCUCUCUCCAACAGAUGAUGCCGCUGGCGGGCAACGAGGAGAACGGUGAGACUCUCAGGAAGGCCUGGGACGUGGGCUGGCGAAGGCCCUACGGAGCACCGGUCAGGGCCAAGUGUGACUCGGCCCGGGCCAACACCGGUGCCAUCAUGUCCGAGGUGCUGGAGUGCGACGGCGUGGACUUCGACGUCAUUCCAGGAGAAGCUCACUGGUUACUCGGAAAGGCUGAAAGACAUGGCUCCUGGUUUGCCAACAUUCUGAGCAAGGUGAUCGAGACUGUCCAGCCGAAGAACCAUCAGGAGUGGGAGCAAUGCGUCAGUACGGUCUGUGAUCAGAAGAACCGCCUUUUGAGGAAGCAUGGGCACAGCCCAUACCAACAUGUGUUCGGGCGUGACCCUCCUCUCCCGGCCGACCUUCUCAAGUACUCAUCGGACAUUGUUGCGAACAGCUUGGCACUGCACAACGACGUCUACCAGCGCGCUACUGCUGUUCGGGCUGCCGCUCGCAGGGCUAUUCUGAUGCACAGCGACGAUGAGGCCAUGAGGGUCGAGGCAAAGCGGCUCCCGAACACCUUCGACAUGCUACUCGAGAAGAGGAAUGGGCAGACUGGCAUGUGCGUCAAGAGUUCAAGGCCGCUCAAGAAAAGUUUAAAGGAAAGCAAGGCAACUCGGUCUACGUGGACCUACCUGCUGAGAAUCAAGGACAGGCUCCGGCUCCACCUGGCGAAGGUCGUGUCAUUGUGGUGCCGGCACCUCUGCCUGUUGGUCCUGAGCCUGCUCCACCUCCCGGGCCCGCUCUACCUGAGGACCGACCCCUACCUGACGCUGGAUCGACUGACGAUCCUCGAGGUGGACCAGGCCGCCAAGAGAAAGACCGACGAGCUGCAAGAUCCAAGUCUGGUCGCACGACGUGUGUUCGACAUUGAGGGCAAGCCCUUGAAACGCCUGAGGGAGACGACGGCGGUCACGACUGAGGGUCUCGCAUCAUCGUCUGCAUCUGGUCAGGCUGCCGCAACAACUGUGCAACCUGCCGUCGAGGAACCUCCGACUCGGCCAGCUGACGCUCGGCAAGCGCUCUUGGACUCCGACCCGGAGCACGACGAGUUAGUGGCGGAGGCUGAGACGGAGGGUCAGGACGCGAUCAUCACUGCUGAUGUCUGCCUGACCUCCAUGGUGCGUACCGGCGAGCCCUGCUACGAGGCAUUGCUGGAGAAGGGUCGCAAGGACAUCACCGAGAAGCUUCGACCCGACCUCAUCGAGGAGAUCCUGAACGCCAAGAUGAAGGAGUGGCAGACCGUGGACCAGGAGAAGCAUGCUGUACGUGUGUGUAGCUUGAAAGAGUCAGGGGAGAUCAAGCGUACCCGACCCGAUCGACUUGUUGACACGCGCUUCGUCAUGACCAUCAAGUACGACCCCGACGGCAAGGAGCUGGUAAAGGCUCGUUGGGUUGCCAGAGGCUUCAAGGACCCGGACGCUCUCAAGCUCGUCUACUGGAACCAGACAGCUGCACCCACGAUGGACCCCUCUACGCGAAGCAACCACCUGGCGGUCUUCCUGGGCUUCAUCCUGAUCAAGUGGUGGAACUUGUGUUACCCCUGUAUGGCCUGGAUCACGCUCCUUGCCGCUGGUUCUCGAAGAUUUCAGGGCAAGCCGUGGACGAAGUGGCGCUUGGACCCCUGCCUCUUCUUUCUUCGAGACGCUCAAUGUAAGCUCUGUGGUAUUCUUGUGGUUCAUGUUGAUGAUGUGCUGAUCGCUGGUGAAGGAGCUUAUUUCAAUGAGGCGGUGCAGAGAUUGAAGGAGGAGUUCCCUUUCCGAAAGUGGACCGUCGGUGAGGGAGAGUACUGUGGCAGUGCUCUCUACCAGGAUCCGAAGACGUUCGACAUCUCUAUCCGCCAGACCACGCCUUACCAGGAACUCAAGCCAAUAACAGUUCGACGACGGUUGCCGGACUUCGACGUUUACUUGGUCAAAGAGGUUGGAUCUGCAGUCAGACACGACCAGACACCAGCGUGCAGCUUUCUCAGGGACAACAAGUGCUACCUCGACCAACUGUGGAACGGAACUCAGGCCGGCUACAUCCUGGGUUUCACGACUCGUGAGAUGGCGGAGGGCAAGAAGUCACCCUGGAGUCCGGCAGCCUGGCGCUCGUACCGACUCAAACGUGUGGUGGGUUCUACCUUGGCAGGUGAGACACAGGCUCUGUCUGAUGGCAUUGGUCACCUAGAAUGGUUGCUGUGCCACUUGUCCGAGGCUCUCUACGCGGACUUCGACAUCAAGACGCGUGAGCGUUGGCUAGGUCGACAUCCAUGCUUGGCGGUGACCGACUGCAAGAGCGUGUACGACCACCUCACGGGCGCUUCAUUGCCAUCCACAGUUGGAGAUCGCAGAGUUGCCGUGGACAUGGUCGGCACUUCGUGGAUGGUGCACUUUGUGGUUACUGGCGACCACGACUCGUGUCGCACGUUCUUGAUCACCUUGGGUCACGCGUCCACCGCUGGGGCGGUGGUCCACAAUAAGUCUUCCAGCAAUGCCAAGGUCAACGCGAGUGUCCUGCUGGGCUCCAAGUACGACGAUCAGAAGAUCGGCCUUACCUACACGUUGACGACCAAGCGUGUACAGAUCACGGGGCCAGCAGCUAUCAUAGACGCGGCCGAGAUCACGCUGGUCGAUCAGGAGAAUCGUUUCACCAACUUCAUCGCCUCUGGUGACGACAGUGAGUUCGCUGGGGCUCCUACCGCUGCUUCUAUCGCCGUCGACGCGCUGAAGAAAUGGGCCGCUCAUGACUACGAGGAGCCUGCCGCAGCCGAGGAGGCAUUGGAGCAGGAGGUCCUCAUCGGAGAGAUCCUGCAGGAGUCUCGCAUCAAACUGGAAGGCCACCCGGAGCUGUACAACCGCUUCCGGUCGAUUUUGAUCCGUGAGUUCACGAACUCCAUCGAGGAUGGUUUUGAAACCUCGCCGCUGCCGUCUUCCAAGCCGGACGCGAGCAUGGGAGAGGACAAGGCCGGGAAGUCCAAGCCGUGA